AUGAAGUCCCUUUUGCUUUUCCCUCUCUCCCUGUGGGUCGUCAGCGCCGGAACACGCGCAGCGAUUCCCUCGACGAUAGGGGAACCUUGCUCGCGAGGUCACCGAGGAAUUUUGUUCCGCGUCACUGACCACACAGAUUUUUCACAAGGAUGCCAUGUCACUGCAGUGUUAAAAAAGGACUGCCUUCAGCUUUUUAGAGGCAACAGGGAAACAGCACGUAUCGCUCUCGACGCCAUCGAGACUCCAGUACACAUUGUUCCAUACCACAACACAUGUCUGUCAAUCAAACCCGCGUCAAUGGAUGCCGAGAUCCUAUGCUGUGACAACGAGAGUUGCAGAGACGCAUGGUGGAUGGCUCUGUCCGAACAAAUCCUCUGCCUGCACAAGGGUGCCAUGCGGAAUGAAGUAUCAGGCGAACCCACAGUUGAGGAAGAGGAACGUCAGGUCCUGGAACAAGUCGUUGAGAAACCAUCCGAGGGCGGUGUUACGAUUCACAUCGAAAAGAAUCCCGAGGGCGUCGAGCCUGUUCUAACGAUGCACCCCAGCUUCAAGCAAAGCGAUGUUCACCCACAUUAA